GCUACUUCUUUUCAUCACCUGAGUUAAGGAUUGAUUUGAGGUUCACUAAAGAUUGGUAUCAGCUAUUUUUCAAUCCAAUAAAGGAUUAGCUAUUGAAAUAUGACCACACUCAGAGUAAAUUGCUUAUUAAAAAAAAAGGGAAAAAGGGGGGUGUGAUUACAUAUAUAGUAGGUCUCAAUGGGAUCUAAGCAGGACAUGGGAUUGAGUGGGGUUUUUUUUAUCUGGGAUGUCGCUAAUUGUUUGUCGAGAAAACAAAAAUUUAUUAGACAAGGAUUUGGGAAUAACUCAAAAUUGAUUUGGGAAUUUGGGAAAAUAUUAAUGUUCUUAAGCAAGAAAUUGAAAAAUAUUUUUUCCUUAAAAUUUUGAUAGCAGGCUUUCGUAUGUAACAAUCAUUAUUGUCUCAAAAACUUGUAUUUUUUUAGAUUAUCAACUUUGUGCAUAUUGUUACAUGUCUCAUGCAAUUUUUAUGUACAGAAAAUGAACCAAAAUUUGGGAAGCGGGAAAUCAUGAACUGGUACACCUAACAUGGGAAUUGUCAAAAGAACUUAACGUGAUACGGGAUUAGAACCCCCUAUAUAUUACGAUAAAUUGGCAAAAUAAAAAUUUUCUGUAUGAAAAUAACUUUAACCAUUAAUCUGACCUUAUCUGAAGUGAUAGCAGACUUUGACGCGGAGGAUGGCAUGUGAUGGCAUAAUGAAUGAAAAUUAUGUCAGGAGUGUAACAUUUAUCCAUUCUUUAAUGAUAAAGUUUUUAUUUAGUUUAAAAAAAUUCUAAACUUAACUGGAAGAGAUUUUUUACACUUAAUUUGCUCAAAAAUUUUCAAUAAGGUCAAAUUUAAAGAUUGGAAUAUAUUAUUUGCUUUUGAUACAGUGUUUGAAUAUUAAAAAUAAGUGCGAUAAAUACUAAAAGGACAUUUAAAACAAUUACACUAUAUAAAACUGUUGUGAAAGUAUCAGAAUUGUGUUACAAUGCCUCAAAUAAACACUAAUGAUCAGAUCCUAUCCUGUAAGUUGACAGAAACUAAAAGUGGAAAACCUAGCAUUUCACAGAAUUUUAGUGUUACACUCCUGACACCUAUUUCAAGGCCAUAAAAAAGGACUAAUCAAAUUUAGGCAGUCAUGUUUGCAUCUCAUAGUAACUGCUGCACCUGCUGGUCAAUUUAAAACAAUAAUUAUGACAAUUACUAACAGUGUUUCAAAAAUAUGACAUUGCAAACUUAAAUGUUACACUCCUGACCUACAUCAGCAGGUGUGGUUCUAUGAGAUCAAGUGCACCAGAAACAUGUCACAGAUAUCUACAAAUACUUUUAAUUUGAUCUAGAAUAUUGUGGUAAAGUAUAAGAAAUAUUAAAAUGUCCAAAAUCUUUCGGAACUUUGAAUUAUCAUCAUUUAAAAUUAAGAAUUAAGUUUUUUCCUUUUCAUUUUUUUCCCUCAUUAGGAAAUUUGACAGACCUUAUUUUACCAUUGUAAUUACAAAAUAUGUAUUACUUCAUAUGAGAAAAUUUAGUGCAUAUACACAGGUUUUCAACAAACCCAUCAUUUUAUAUUAGACAUCAUUAUUUUUUUUAAAGACAGCUCUUUGAAGCACUUGCUUCUUUCAAAAUGUCACACUAAAAGUGUUACACUCCUGACAUUUUUGGCCCUAUUUUUUGCCGGCAUUUUUUUAUUAUCAAAGAUAUCAUCACGAAAAUUUGUACGAUUAUAGUCACAGGUGGGAUACAUUUUUUAAUUAUCUAAUACUUAGUAUUUAUCAUCAUGAUUUGUAAUAGGGUAUGGUAAUAAUGUUGGGGUCAUUUUUUUUGAAACAGCCCCUAUGUAGAAUGAAUAGUGAACAAAAUAGUCUGCAUGGCAAACAGGACAUACAUGUGGUUCUGUGACUUGAAAGAACUGAUCAUUUAUCUAUAUAGCUAGGUAUUUUAGACAUGUAGUUUCAGCUGAACAGAAAAAAAAAAUGUCAGUAUAAAGACAAAAAAAAAAAUUGCAUAAUUUUAAAUAUAAUGCUGAAUUUUAGGUUUUUUCUUCUAUGAUAUGCGUGGGUAUAGUAAUUUGAGCAUGUUGAGUGGUAUUAUACACCAACAAUUAAACUUUUAUUAGAGUUUUCAUGGUAUUGACAUUUUUACAUAUAUUUUAUAUAUAUUUUCAAUAUCACUUGCUUUGAUAGGUGCCAUUUUUAGGUAAAUGAAGGCUUUUUCCAAAUUGAAACGGAUUUUGUGAUGCGUAAUAGUCGAUGUAAUGAUAUCAACAUGCAAAAUGGACAUAAAAAUAACUUCAUUUUCGAGGCUCUGUGAGACACCUUGUGUGCAAAUACUGUAAAACAGCCCUGAUACAUGUGGAAAUGAAUAGAUCUACACCGGUGAUGUACGUUGGUUAAAUUUUUCAUUUCAUUUGCAGGUCGUCGCCAUUAUGCCUGAUGGCCAUGUACGGGUGGGGUUAUUUCCGACACUAUCAGAAACAAUAGUGUGCCAGCUGGGCACUGUGGCUGAACUCCCCCGUACAGCAACAAAGUCUUGGAAAAGUGGGAAGAAGACCGCCUUUCGGGCAGCCAAGGCAGCCGCCGCAGCCUCCAAGGAAUCCCCCGCAGCCUCCAAGGAAUCCCCCGCAGCCUCCUCCUCCAAGGACUCGGCCAGGAAGAAACGAAAGGUGGCCAAUAGCCCUGAACUCGAACCCCCCGCAGCAUCCUCCUCCUCCGAGGACUCGGCAGGCAGGCAACCCUCUGAGAAAGGAACGGCAGCCAAGGCAGCCGCCGCAGCCUCCAAGGAAUCCCCCGCAGCCUCCUCCUCCAAGGAACCGGCCAGGAAGAAACGAAAGGCAGCCCAGAAAAGCCACAAUUUGAGUUUCGACGGGUACAUCGACUUGCUUGCUGCAAAAAUUGAAGAAGGGAACAAAACAAAAGGGAAUAAGGACCAGAGGAGAGGUGCUGACGGCAAAUUUGGCAAUAAAAAUUUAUUGGACUGUUCCUGGAGGACCUGGUUGAAAAGCAUGUUUACAGAAUAUCCAGGUGUGCUGUGCAAGUGCUCUUGUAAUCAUCGACCUUUGACUAGCGCACAAGCCUUAAUAAAACACAUAGAGAGAAAUGACUAUAUCAAUAAUGUGGUAUCAUUUGGUGAGGAGGACCUGGAAUUCACACCACCACAGUUUUAGCUCACCUCCCCCCCCCCCCCCCCAAGUUUAAAUAAGUUGUUGAAUCAACUUUGGAAAUUCACCCCAAAUUCAAAUUUGGAAAUUCACCCUUGUCUAGUGGGUUCAACUAUAUUUUGUAUGCUCUACCUAUAGUAACCAUAUAUCUUGAUUUCCCAGAAACUUGUUGACGCUGCAAUUGCACUUCAUAUAAAUACAUGUUUUGGCAUUAUAUGUUAUUUGUAAAUGCUGUUUGUCCUUAUAUUUUGAUAUAUCCAGUUACUUUGUUUCUACUGUUUCGCAAGUAUCUUGGCAAUAAUAUCUCUUACUACUGUAUAUUUUGUAUGAGAGUCAAACUGUAGAACUAUGUGGGUUGAAGAAUAUCUCUUACUACUGUAUAUUUUGUAUGAGAGUCAAACUGUAGAACUAUGUGGGUUGAAGAAUAAAAGUGUGCACUCAAUCAAAUAUUGUUUUUAGGCCAAUACUUUGUAAGAUAUACCAAGUGCACUUGUAAUCCUCGACCUUUAGCUAGCGCACAAGCCUUAAUAAAACACAUAGAGAGAAAUGACUAUAUCAAUAAUGUGGUAUCAUUUGGUGAGGAGGACCUGGAAAUCACACCACCACAGUUUUAGCUCAUCUCCCCCUCCCCCCCAAAGUUUAAAUAAGUUGUUGAAUCAACUUUGGAAAUUCACCCAAAACG